AUGUCUUCUAAAAGCGGAGCCGUUUGCCUUAACGCUGGUACAGUUUUGACAGUUUUGUGUUUGCUUCUUUAUUCUGCUGGAUUCAUUAGGAUCGAGUUGAAGUUUAAUGAUCACGAUGCAAGGUUGCUGGCUGUCGAGGAUGUCAUUGCUCAAAUGCAUUCCAGAAAACAAAGAUUCAUGAUGGACGAUACCUCAAUUCAAGGUACAGUUGAACCUGUAUCGUUGCCGGUACACUACAACACUCCAAGUAAGAUCUCCUUUCUAUUUAAAACAGCAAGAGAGUAUCUUGCGAAAAUUAAUUAUCAUUUCAAUGCAAAAGUUGGCACAACCUUUAUCUCAAUACGGACAUCUCUAUGAUGCGAGGUAGUGGCUCCGUCAUUUACGAUAUCCUUAAAAACCUACGGUUAAAAGGAAGUCUGUACUCACAAUACAGAUCAUCCUCAUAAUAUACAGUAUUCGUUAUGCAGAUCUUUGUUGUAUUCGCGCCAUUCGUAAGUUGCUUUGUGCCAUCAAGCAGUUAUACAAAAAUGUCAUUUCUCUGGUAGACUGCUGAAUAAGUGGAAAGUGAUAGAGAUCAACAAAUGAUGAUGCGGAUAUUAUACUGACAGGAAAUCUCAUCUUACGAUGAAUUCGGUUGUAAUAAACCGAGUACCGAGGCGGUCUCCUUGAAAAUAGUUUCCCGUUAGCCUAUGGUAAGAUCUAGAGAUGGACUCUGGAUCGACUCAAAACGUUUGGGACGAUUGGCACGAUCCAUGAAAACCAGACUUCAAAUCAUCUCGAACACUUGAAUACGUUUUAAGAUGACGCGGCCGGUGACGGGCUGGCGCCGGAGACGACGCGAUUCAGUACCAACAAGUUUCACCGGACAAGUUGAAGCCAAACACUAUCCAAAGCUUUCUUGUCUUAGAACAUGUCAUGCAGUAAUGUGAAAUAGAAUUUUGUUGAUCAUGCUACAAGAUCCCGUUAUGGUAUAUACAAAAUGCCCGGGGGGAGGGGGGAUGUGGGGCACUCCCUUAUACGGCCUAUAUGGGUGUGUGCCGCUGAACAGGGUAACAUGGUUUUCAAGGUUUUGAGUCUUUUAAUGAUGCACCAUGAUGCACCAUGUUUAAAAACAGGGUGUCUUUUUGGACUGGAAGCCUUUCAAAGAGUGUGAAGACUUGCGAUGAGUGGGCUAUACCAAUAAUGUUUUUUCCUUAAUAUCUAUUUACACGAUUUUAGUGUGAAAAAGUACUUAAUUCUGUAUGCAAAACAAAACAAGUCAGGUUCAAAAAGUAGUGUCUCCUGUCUUAAACAGGGUGGCGAAAUGAGCAAUUUUUGUCUCAAACAGAGUCGGGGUUUGAAGGCCUCAGCAACACACCUCUACCCAAACUUCCCUUGAGUGCCCUCCUUCCCGGAAAAAUGAUACUAGAAGACAAAUACAAUCAUGGAUUUAAAUUGUAAGCCUCCCUGAUUAACGCUGAUCAGCAGCCUCUCAGGAACCGGGCUUGAAAUUGCUGUGAAUCGGGACUAGUUCCUUACAAUAGUGCUUUCACUUCCUUAACUUUUCGAGACAUUUUCUAAAUUUUGUUGCUGUGAAACUUCUAUGACUUUAUGUAUUGUUUAUGGUAGUUUUGUCUUAAACCAUUAUCGGCUUUAAAAAGUUUGCCAAUAGCCCUAGCUCAAAACACUAUUCAAAGAAUAGAAAUAGUCUGGUACGUUUUUGGACUUUGGCUCGUGACAUUUUGGCUCUUUUAAUUAAAUUAAAAGUGGAAUUUGAUACUCCUUGGGGAAACCGUCAACGUACUCUAUGCAAUGUUUCAAAAAUUCUGAAAAAAAAUAUUACAGGGUCAAGGAAACAUUCGUACUAAUACUUCCGUAUGUACCUACACGUUUAGGAAAUGUGACAAUGAAAGAUUUUAAGAAGAAGGAAGAUAAUAGUAAGAUGGUCCUCCACAGAUUUACCAGACAGGUCACCAGUAAUAAACCUUUUGAAAAUUCUACGAAAAUAAGACUUAUUCUGGAAGAUGUUGUAACUUCGAGCUUUAAGAAGAUGUGUCAAAACACUGGAACCUGGAACGUUUGCCCGCGUGGACUGCCGGGACCUCCUGGGAGAGAUGGACCAAAAGGUGAUAAAGGCGACCGAGGGAGGAGGGAUAAAAAAGGAAUGAAGCGGAAAACAAGGAAUUAUGGGGUCACCAGGAGUAAGAGGAGAAAAAGGAGUGAAAGGUGA